UAUUCUCAUUCACCAUUGCCAGAUCCACAUCAAGAGCUCAACAAUUCAAAAAGUCCAUUGUUUUCUUUCUUUAAUCGAAUUUAGACAUGGGAAUUCGUCUACAUUCUGUUCUCUUUAGUGCCAAGCAAAUUCUCAGAACACAAUCUGUUUCUGCGAGAUGUCGGUCCAAUGUUCCCAAAGGUCAUGUUGCAGUGUACAUCGGAGAAAUUCAGAGGAAGCGGUUUUUGGUUCCAGUUUCUUACUUGAACCAUCCUUUAUUUGUAGACUUGCUCGGUAGGGCUGAAGAAGAGUUUGGAUUCAACCAUCCUACAGGAGGUUUGACCAUUCCCUGCAAAGAAGAAGCCUUCGUUGAUGUCACUCCUGGACUGCAUACUCCAUAGAAAGAACAAAGUGCAAUCCUGCUUACAGUUUGACAACAUUUUUUCCAAUUUUUUUGUCCAUGGGAGAUAGAGUUGAAUGUCACAAUAAAGGAAGUUUUAUAUGUAGAUGAUUAGAUUAGAAAGGGUGGAGAAUUACAAAGCCACUUGAACAUCAAUGACAAA